ACUCGCCCCCUGCCUCUCUCUCUUUUUCUCUCAUCCUCUUGACUCCUUCCAUCCUCCUCCUCUGCCUCCUCCAGCAUGCCGCUCUCCUCUCUCCCCUCAGCUCCUCAUUUUCAUCUUAAUCUGCGCUCGCUCCGUCCCUGCUCUCCCUCUCUCUCUCCAGCUCUCUCCCUACUCUCUGCUCCCUGCUCCGCCACCUGUUAGUCUCCUUCUCCUCUUCACACCAGAAUCCCCUCUUCUUCCUCUUUUUCUUUUAUGAGGAGUUUCACACUUACGCUAUCACUGAGCCCUAUGACUGUGCGAAAAGGAAAACGUUUGGGCAUCACCAUCCAGGAGCACAUGGCCAUCGAUGUCUGCCCGGGCCCCAUACGCCCCAUUCGUCAAAUCUCCGCCUACUUCCCUCGCCUCUCGCCCACUUCCUCCUUCUCCGAGCCACUCUCGCCCAAUCAGGUGGCGGCGCCCACAACGCUCAGCCCUGGCAGCACAGGUCAAGCUGGAGGGCCCAUGGGAGGAGGGGGGAGCAGUGGCCUUUUGUCGCCACAGUUACCGGGAGCGGCGGGGGGAGGGGGCUCCCUGUCAGCCAUGAGCAGCAUGGACACCUCCAUUGAGAUCGACAGCUGUGACAGCGAUGAUAACACCUCUUUGGGGACGCUAGAGUUUGACCUACUGUACGAGAAAGCCACCAGCUCCCUGCACUGCACAGUCCUCAGAGCAAAGGGUCUAAAGCCGAUGGAUUUCAAUGGUCUGGCCGAUCCCUACGUCAAGCUGCAUCUGCUGCCAGGCGCCUGCAAGGCCAAUAAACUGAAGACCAAGACUGUUCGCAACACGCUGAAUCCCAUGUGGAACGAGACGCUCACCUACUGUGGAAUCACCGAGGAAGACAUGUACCGCAAAACACUCCGGGUGUCCGUGUGCGACGAAGACAAGCUGACACAUAAUGAGUUCAUUGGGGAGUCUCGGGUGGCCCUGCGCCGUGUGAAGCCUGACCAGACCAAACACUUUAACAUCUGUCUGGAGCAUCCACCUCCUCUGCCUUCACCAACUGCGAUGAGCACAGCCCUGAGAGGAAUCUCCUGCUACCUGCGAGAGUGGGAGACGGAGCAGCAGAGGAGUCUAGAGGAGAGAGGACGCUUGCUGCUCUGCCUCCAGUUCCUCCCGCCAUCCACCGAUGGCGACUUGAAGGGCGAGGCCAAGGAGAGAGCUCGUGGCGGACUGUGUGUGGGCGUCAAGCGCUGCGCCCAUCUGGCAGCCAUGGACGUCAACGGUUUCUCCGACCCCUACGUUAAAACGUACCUGAAGCCAGACGUUCACAAGAAAUCCAAGCACAAAACAGCGGUCAUUAAAAAGACUCUCAACCCGGAGUUUAAUGAGGAGUUUUUCUAUGAGAUCUCCUUCUCAGAAUUAGCGACCAAGACGCUGGAGGUCACCGUGUGGGACUAUGAUUUAGGAAAAUCCAAUGACUUCAUAGGGGGGGUAUCCUUAGGGUGUCAUUCACAGGGAGACACUCUGCAGCACUGGAUAGACUGUCUGAAGAACAAGGGCAAGAAAGUGGAGCGCUGGCACACACUGACCAACGAGCUGCCCGGAUCCACGCUGCAGGAAUGAACCCGAGCUUCCUCCCCUAUAACUGACACCAGAGGGACCGCCUGAAGACCCGGGAUGAAGGACGUCUCAUCGCAUGUUUUAAGGAUUGUUCUGCAUGACUGUGACGGAUCCAUAUCCUCCUUUGUGUCAUAAUUCAAAACAUCAUGCCCAGAUAGGUGGGAUGGGGUGGGGGGAGGGUUGUCCACAAUCACAGAUCAAUACUCUAAUCUCGGAUCUAAACAAUCUCAACACAAAGCUGAAACCAUUUUCUUCACAGUGCUGGCAAGCAUUCACAUCCUUUCAGUGCUUUAAGAUCGGUCUAAAUGCUCCUCGUGGACAGAGCCCACUCACGAAGAAUAAUUGCGCCGGGACGUUUGACGAGGGGAAAUGUUUAAUUAUUCUCUCGCGCAGUCCCGCAUGUCAGGUUUGCUUGCUCUUAUUAAAUUCAUGACAUUAAAACUCCGCGGUCAUGCCCAUCUGUCUCACAGCGCACAUACCUCUCCGUGCAAUAACGAUUGCCUAAUGCUUCCGAAGAUAUUUCCAAGUGGUCUUAAUACUGGCGGAUGUUUUUUCCUCUGAUCGUCACUGGAUUGACAGCACGAGCUGAUAAGAAAACUGGUUCUUCCACGUCGAUGGUUCGUGUGUGAUCUACUUGCAUGUUCGGUGUUGAUGGAGCAAACUUUAAAAAAAAGAAAAAAAAAAAGGUUGGAAAUGUUCAUCAACGUGUUGUUCCCUAGAAGAAACUGUAUUUUAUUUAACGGUAAUGGCUCUUUAAUGUUGUUCGCAGUUGUUUGACGUGUCAGCUCUGAUGUCGGUGUCGGUCGGUUUUGCUUCACGUUCCCUACUUAUAAGGCCAACGUCAGUAACGGGAGUUUCACAGCAGCAGAGCGUUUUACGGCGAACCAUGCAUGACUGUACUCUGACACAGUAAAUAAAGUCACAUGCCUUUGUUUCAUAUACAAAUUGUAAAUAUGAACCGGUGUAGAGCGCUGUGCUUUAUGGUGACUCCAUGGCUGCUGCUUUACUGUCGACUGCUUUCAGCUGCAGGUUUUCUCUGUGUGGUGAACAGGCAUGCUCACAAUGCCAUUGGUGUUAAUAUGUAAAUAUAUGUGCGCUGUUUCACUUGUUUGGGAUGUUUGUCUUUUGCAAAGCUUGCAUGGUUGUUUUUAUCUUUGUUUUAGUCCACAGUGGACUCCUUCAAUCACACAACCUGGUAGGAAGCCAGUAAAGCUAAUACUGCCACCUGGUGUUGUUGAACUGUAAGUGCAGCCUCUUCUCUGACUACAGAGAGCAGAAGUGAUCCAUCAAAUGUGUAAGGUGAAAGGAAACCAACACACACACACACCAACUUUCUGCUCCAGUAAACAAUAACUGCAGCAAUUAAAACAUAAAUUGAAUCUUUACAAAAUGUAAUAAAUACAACUGCAAUUAAAAAAAUGUUGCUGGGAUGCUUUGUAAAAUAAACAGAAUUCAGUGAUUUGCAAAGUUCAUUUUAUUCACAGUAGAUCAUAGAAAACAUGUGACAUGUUUAAACUGAGGUAUUUUACUACUUCAAGCAAAAUAUUAGUAAUUUUGAAUUCAGUGGCAGCAACAUGUCUAAAAAUUGGAAUGGAAGCAGCUAUGAAAGCUAUACUGAAGAAGCCAAAUGUGGGCAGGAGUCAGAAACACUGUUGUGGUGAGAGAGUGUCGAUGCAGCGUGGAAAACUCUUCUGUGGUCAGACAAAUCUAAAUUUGAAAUUCCUUUUGGCAAAUAUGGACGCUGCAUCGUCCAGACUAAGACUAGAUCGAUGAUCUGACUUGGUUGCAUCUCUGAUGGUUUGUGCAUUAGUGCCUGUGAAAUUGGUAGCUUGCACUGGAUAUAUGAUCAGUAUAUGAGUAUUUACAGGUUUUAGAGCAGCAGAAGCUCCAAUCCAGAUGACAUGUUUGGCCUAGACAUUGAAGGCCUAGAAGAUUUCAGCAAGGUGAUGCUAAAUAGCAUACUGCAUGUAUUUCAGCAGCAUGGCAUCACAGCAGAAGAGUCAGGGAGCUGAAGAAGCCUGCCCACUUUCAACAACUCAAGCAUUGGCUCAUGGGCCCAGGACUGUUCAGCGGCUAGAUCCAUGUCAGAUUAUGAUGGGACAAAAAUCCAUCAGCUGGUCUCCACUGUUCCCAGAUGUCUAUGAACUGUUGUUAAAGAGGAGGGGAUGCUAAACAGCUGUAAACAAGACCCUCUCCCAACUUUUCUGAGACAUGUUGCUGCCAUAAAAUUCAAAAAUAACCUUUUCUAUUUCUUAAUAAUGGUACACUUUCUCUGUUUAAACAUUUGCUGUUUUCUAUGUUCUAUUGUGAUUUACGAGAUUCAUUUAUAUUUGUAACGUUUUGCACAGCUUUCCAACUUUUUUUUUGUAAAUUCAAAUGCUGCUGAAUUUAUAGUGGGAAAUAUCUGCUGUAAAACGUAUCUUUCUGGGUUUGAGUCUUGUGAUUUUUACUAUGCUUACUGACAAUGAGAAAAUGAAGCAAUGAAUCUACAUUAUUGCUUCAGUUUCAGUUCAUUUCACUGUCAGCAGCUUUCAGUGAAAAUCCUUACAAAAGCUCCAACCAGCAGCUCAGCACCGAACUGCACACAGACACACUUAACAGCUGGCUGGUGAGCAGAGUGGAGCUUUUAGCAGGAGAGCUGUUUUGUCCAUUUAGGAUUUAGGAGGAGGAGGAGCUGUAGUAAUGCUAUUUACCAUCUUUUAGCUGUAGAACUGAUUGGCCACUAGCAUGUAUGAAAUAAACUACUUUCUCUCUGUGAUGGCAGCGGAGGUGAGGAUCUUCAGUUUAUCCACACAAGAGCAUCGCCUUAUUUUCUUUCCUUCCUUGGCUUCACGCAGAUGCUCUGUGUGAUCAGUGGAAGACUCUGGGCUCUAAAACAAAACAAAAAUCCAAGUUCUGUUGCUUGUAUCAUUCUUUUGGGCAGAUUAUCUUAGAAUUUAUGACUCCUUCAACAGAUUUGAGUUCACCGACACCACUGUAAGGGAGACGGCCGCACUUAUGCGUUCCCACCGCCGUGCAUUACAGUCCCCUUAGUGCAGUGUGGUUUUUCCUGCCAUCACUGGCCUCAAAAAGCUUCUGCCUGUCUCUGCAUGUUCUUUACAAAUUUAAUGAAAGGCAUCUUAUCCUUUAAACUUCUGAAUUAUUUCCAUCCCUCUGACAGAUCUGGGUGGACUUUUAUUUUAUUCACUUAUCGGAUGAAGAAAGAUAAUAAAUAAGAUUUUGAAGCAUUUCUUCUCAUCCAGAUCAAAUUAGUUUACAGUAUCAUCAUGACUUAUUGAAUGUUUCACUUGUUCCAUUUGACAGGCAGGUGAGAGCCUAGCAUUGAGACUUCCUUUUUAUACCUUGUGUACCUGAGUUUGUGUGGGCAGGACGCCCUGAGUGUUGACGUGAGCUAGCUGACUGACUCAGCAUUACGGGCAGUGAGACAGAAGUUCAUUCCAGAUAACUGGGAAAAAAGGCUUCAGAGAAACACGUGAAGCUGCCAGCAGCUGUGCAGUUUGUGAUUACUGUGCAUUUUCUCCAGUAGCCUGAGUGAGAAAGAAGCUCUUUGUGAAAUGAGAUAAGGCUGCCACGGUUUCAUCUUAGUCACUGUUUGUUCCUGGAUCUGCUCGCACGUCAACACCAUCACUGCUCUGUGAUUACAGGAAAUAAAAUGGCUUUAUUUUGGUGAUUCUACUAUUGCAAAUACAGGUAACACGGUAAAAAGUCUAAUACACUUUGUAUAAUGUGAUUUUAGAUUUAAAUGAUUUUCAUAAGUCACUUUCCUCUAACAGCAGGGACACAAUCAGGAAGGAUUUACACUAAACAGUGACCUACUAAUUUCCAUAUUGUAUUGAACAAGUCUUCUUCUUGUUUUUUCACUUAAAGUCACUUAACACUGACCCAAGAAUCAUUUAAACAUAAAAACGGCACCCAGCUCAAAAGAUGCACCAGUGCUGUGCCUACUCAUAACAGACAACCAAUUUAAAAUGAUCUGUUACUAGCAGGCAUUGUGCAUUCUUGUCUCUUUAGUUGAGUCUAUGAAAAAUCUCAAACAUAAUACUGGUAACACAGAUAACAGGUAUAAAAUAAUACUUUUUGUGUUCUCCAGGAGCUAUUAGACAAAACCCUAGCAUGUCUCAGCAUGGUGUGCAGCGUGUCCUUAAAAAUGUGAGGAAAACUGACAAGUGGACGACAAACGGCAGGUCUAAGGCUGAAAGUCAGUUGCAACGGGUCUGAUGGAGAUGAUGAAAUCCUUGGUUCAAAUCUUCAUCAGUUUGUAGAGGUGGUAAGAAAAGAUGUACAACAGUGACUGUCAAAAUUUGUGGAAUUAUGAAUUCAGAAAAGUACCAUCAGCUUUUGAUCCAACAUGUGGUAACAUCUGGAAAACAUAGGCUUGGCAGCAGCUUAAUUUUUCAGCAUCACAAUGAUCCCAAACACACUGCCGAGGCAGUGAAAGAAUACCUGAAUAGAAAAAACAGUGGAGCACUAUCAGUGACGGAUUGGCCUCCCCACAGUGAGGUGCAGUGAGAACAGGACAAAAGUCAGCCAACAUCCAAAGAAGAGCAUUCAAUGUCCUUCAGGAAGCCCGGGGCCCAUUUUUCUAGCAAAAUAUACAUUUAAAUAGAGUGUGGCUCACGGUUUUCUCCACAUUGCCAUAUUCACAAGUUAAUGUAACCCCAUAUAAGCCUUAAAAUAAUCAAAUUUUACCAUCUAUUCUCUACAAAUGUAGCAAAGUACUUUUAAAGCUAUCAUCACUCUGUUCUUGUGGCGUCAAGUUAUUUAAAAUAGUUUCUAUAAACAGGCAUUUUCCAGCUGUAAGAAAAACAUGAGCAAGUUUUUGCAGCUCAUAGAAAAGAAAAGAAAAAAAAAUCAAAUCUCCUAUUUUUGCCGAAGCUGCAAGAAAGAAAAUUGGACUGCUGGUUUUGAGAUCAAAACUGAGAUUACUGUAAGGACAAAACAAAAAACAAAAGUGGAGGAGCAUUUGAGGACAUUAAAGUUUUAAACAUCUGUGAGGCGAAACGAAGCCUCUCCUGGUGAUAAAGAGGUUUAAUUAAAAGCAAAUGAUCAGCAGUUAGCAGAGGCUCCACAAAUAACAUCUAAAUGAAGCAGCCACCAGGUGUAAAACACCACAGUGGCAUUUAGCGAGUCGAUAGAAAGAGGAAUUAAACUCAAUAAAAAAACUGUACAAAAAUGUGAAAAUAACAAAUGUAAAUUAUGUUUGCAUAAGGAAACUCCUUUAAAAUUGAGUGUAUUAGCCAAACCCAGAUUGUGUCCUGUCUGUGGGGAUUAGUGCCAGCAGAGCACACAUAAUGCAAUAUGAGAGCUGCUGUGUGGUCCUCUGAAAGGGCUGUGUGGUUGUAUCAUAACACUAAUGCAUUUUAUUAGGAAACUGCAAAGAAGCUGCUGAAAAUAAAAGUGGGUAAGGAUGAAAAUUAUCUCCGACGGUGCAAGCAAACUAAGAUUUGUUCAAGAAUAUAUAUUUUUGGUGAUUUUCCUGCAAAGGAGGACAACACUCCUCGUGCACUUUUCACAAUGAUGAGCAGUUUCCAUUACAGAGCCAUUAUGGGUGCAUUACUGCCAUCUAGCUGGGAUUGUGAUGAAAAUUCAGAGGGUGCAGUUACAGCAGGGGGAUGCUGGAUGUGUGGCAGCAGUGCCGUACGGUAAUAAUGGGCCACACAAGGGCCUGAAGCUCCCAGUUUCUAUUAAGAAGCAUUUGUGUGAAUAUUAUAAAAGUACUCAAUGAUAACCCAGUUCAAGAGUGGAACUGCACGGAUUUAAUCAAUUCCAGCUUCUCUCAUCUUCUCAUGCUUGCUCAUGGAAAUCUUUGGAGAUGAUUUUUGCUUUAAAGAUGAUAAAACUGUCCAUGCAAAAUAUAAACAAAGGGCUUCAAAUGGGAAUCAGUACAAAUGACGUUUCAAAAAAACUGCCUUUUCACCAGGCUCAGAGCAAGAAGUUAAAUACAGUUUUUCAUGCAUCGGCUAAUUUUGAGGAUUUUUGACUAUUUUGCUUCCAUAAAAUGUUUUAUUUUGUUCAGAAUGCACAAAAAAGACAAAAAAUAACAGUUAAAUGUGUUUAUUUUACUGCACAAACACUAAACAAAACAUAACAUCUUGAUGAUUUGGGGAGUUUCUUGGUGAUAUCUAUCAGGCAGGUGAGCACUACGCUCAGCAUAUCCAGGCUUUCUUUACAUUAGCUGGCUCAGCAAAACCUAAACGCUCUGUCAGAAAUAACGGUCGACAUGACAGUGGUUAUCAACCUUUGUCGUUAAUUCAGGGCUUCCAGCUUCAGGCUCAGUGCACGCUCACAUAAAAGGGCACUUUGAAUCUCUUGCUGCACAAAUGGCAGGAAAGUGGACCAAACUGAGUGUCGCCUGCUUCAGUCAGAGAAACAGCUAUACAAGUAAAAUGGCAAAAGGCAACAAAGUAAGAAAACUGUUGAUGUUUCCCACUCGGGAAAGAGUAAUGUGACACGGAGCUGCACAUUAGUGCUCUGAAACUUUAUAAGUGACGUAUUUAAACAUCAGUCUGCUCAGAUCUGACUGUCCAGUGAUGGAAGUGUGGAAAAAGUCAGAUUAUUUGUACUGAUUCAAUGAUCUUACUGAUAGACAUCCUACAAAUGGACUGAUUAAUUUACUAAUCUGUGUUCUACUCCUUUCAACUCCAGCAGUGAAAACGAGACUUCAAGCAUAAAAAUAUUUUUGUUUUCCGAACGCGUGCUGUGAUUUCCUGUGACCACGAGUCAUAUUUUACACUGCAGCAUUAGUAACACAUGCUCAGCAGGUUGCAUGUUGUAUUCCUUAAGCGGGAAAAACCUCCUUGGGCCUUUUGUAACACAGUGAGUAAAAGUGUGUCGCUUCCAGCUGAUUCUAAACUGCAAACAUUACCUGCUCUGGACCAGGCAGCAUUAGUUGCUAUGGUGACACAGUCAGGUUCAAAGAUACUCUCCUCCACAUGAUCACAGGUGAUGCAGACUGAAAGCAGGUUGUGCUGCCCUCUGUUGCACUGAGGACGUGUUAUCUGAACAUAUGUGACACAUGUUGACGAAAAUAUACAAUCAAUAAUUCAUGCGUCUUAUUGUGAAGGUCGGCGCCGCGCAGCACUUUCUGACAAAUUAUUCACUGUUAAUGAGCUGAAUUAAUAAUUAGUUCAGCCUUCAGGGAAAUAACAAAUAUCUAAGCAAAGGAAACACGCUGUAACUCUCUCGAUCUCUCUCCAAGUGUAAAUAAUAAAAUUAGAUUCUGACAGAGUGUCACAGGUUCUUGCUGUAACACCUCGGCUUUUUUCCACCCCAGCCGUGACAAGACAACAUUCCUGCGGCGGAGCCGUCAACAGUUUCUCUAAAAAAAGAUCCACAGCAAUCCGUCUCCGAGCGUUAAUUCCCACUCACAGUGGCUAUUUUGCGGCCCCAGCUCUCUCUGCACAUUAAGCGGGCACUAAGAGAACAGCGUCGCCGCAGGUCAGUAGAUCUCAUUAUGCUGCUUCUGCGAUGCAGACUGACAGGACGAUCACGAUGCAUCCAGCCGCUGCCAAACUGACUCACGGCCGCAGUGUUUGUUUGACCCAGCUGCAUAAUCCAUGACCCAUUUACUGCAUCUGGAUGCGACUAUGUCUGGUACACUGAUCCCCUUUUGAACUGUUACUGUACUGUAGACAUACUAAAAUUAGCUGAGUACACAGGAAAGUACCUUUAACUGUCAGAGAGAUCACGCUGGUGGGUUUGAAUUUGCUGUUGUCAAAUGUUGUGAAAGCUGUUUUUGUUAACGUUGGGGUUUUUUUCCCCUUUUGGGGCACAGUAAGACUAUUUU